AGAGAGAGAGAGAGAGAGAGAGAGAUUCAAACUGGCUUGCUCACCUUGGCUUCGUGAUUUGGAUCUCCCACCAUUCUGCUCCUUCUUGUCUCUCCCACUGCCACUGGAGAUCUCGCUGAAGGCUGCUUGCUGCCUUCUUUCUCGCGGGGGAAGAGGCAUGGGGAGGCCACCAACACCUCUCCCUCUCUCUUCAGUAUGGGCCCUUACCUUCUGUCUGCUCAUGUCUCUCGCCGACGCCGAUGUCGACGGGUCUCCAGCGCUUUCUCCCGUGCCUUCCCCCUUCUCCUCGUUUCAGAACCAGCUAUUUCCUCUAUCUCCGUUGUCUCUGGCGCCAUCUCCUGCAGCAGAGAUGCAGACCAUGGAAGAGGCACACCAUCGCCAUUACCUCAAAGAGUUGACUGUGGCAGUCGUUCUGGCCUCCGUCGCGGUUCUCGCACUCAUAUCAUCUGCACUCUGUGCUUGGAUCGUUUGGAGGAGGAGCCGCCAAAUGCUCGAUUCCAAAGACAUUGAAAGAUCAGAUACUGCUGCCGGCGGACUCCCAUUCGGCCCGAUCUUGAGCAAGCUGAACUCCUUAAGGACGACAAGCAAGAAAGGGUUGCUGCCAAUCAUCGACUAUGCUUUGUUAGAGUCAGCCACCAACAAGUUCAGCGAGGGUAACAUCCUGGGAGAAGGAGGAUUCAGCCAUGUGUACAAAGCCAGCCUCAACGGGGAAGCUUUUGCUGCGGUGAAGAAACUAGACGGCGGCGGGCAGGAUUGCGAGAGAGAAUUCGAGAAUGAGAUCGAACUGCUUGGAAGGAUUCGACAUCCCAACAUAGUCUCUCUUCUGGGAUACUGUGUUCAUGGAGAAACCCGAAUGCUUGUUUACGAGUUGAUGCAAAAUGGAUCCUUGGAAACGCAACUCCACGGGCCAUCCCAUGGGUCAGCCUUACCCUGGCAUACUCGCAUGAAGAUUGCGCUUGAUAUAGCAAGAGGAUUGGAGUACCUUCAUGAGCACUGCAACCCACCAGUGAUCCACAGAGAUUUAAAAUCAUCCAAUAUACUACUAGAUUCCGACUUUAAUGCCAAGAUUUCAGACUUCGGACUUGCAGUGAUUGGCAGAAACCAUAGCAAAGGUGGUUUGAAGGUUUCCGGCACUCUUGGAUAUGUAGCUCCAGAGUACCUUUUAGAUGGUAAGCUCACUGAGAAGAGUGAUGUCUAUGCAUUUGGAAUUGUACUGCUGGAGCUUCUGCUGGGAAGAAAACCAGUCGAGAAAAUGGCACCAUCUCAGUGCCAAUCGAUUGUCGCUUGGGCAAUGCCCCAGCUCACUGAUAGAUCAAAGCUUCCAAGUAUAGUAGAUCCAGUUAUCAGGAACACGAUGAACCUGAAACACCUAUAUCAAGUUGCUGCUGUUGCGGUACUUUGCAUCCAGCAGGAACCUAGUUACAGACCAUUGAUCACCGAUGUGCUUCAUUCCCUCAUUCCUCUGGUGCCAGUAGAGCUUGGUGGAAUGCUGAGAGUUGUAGAGCCAUUACCAGGUGCAAACCAGAAAUCUUCUGCUCACUGAUUAGAAAGUUGGAAUGACAACCUUUUGAAGGUAGCAAACCUGCUUGCAACCGCAAUUUCUGCUCUGGCAUUCUCUUGUUCUCCCAUUUCAAGCAACUCUAAUUACCUGCAGAAAGAUUUCCAAUUUCAACUUAAUUCAGGUGGUAGAGUUCAGAGGGAAUAACUUAAAGAGGAAUAGUCCUUUUUCCCUUCAGUUGUAUUGUAAAAACCAAUGCAGGUUUUUUUGCACUCAGAAAUAAACUGGUGCCUGUACAGGUGAAAGUUAUUUGGA